AUGGAACAGACUACACAAGGAAAGCAGAUGAAUGUUACAGAAUAUAUCCUCUUGGGUUUUGGAAAAUUCGGUCAAUGGCAAAAUAUCCUAUUUUUUGUUUUCCUAUUGAUCUAUAUUGCAGCCAUGAUUGGGAAUGUACUCAUUGCAAUUGUAGUGGCAGUUGAUCAGCAUCUACAUACACCCAUGUAUUUCUUCCUGGGUAACUUGUCGUGCCUAGAGACUUGCUAUAUAUCAAAUGUCAUGCCCAAAAUGAUGGUGGGCUUGUUGACUGAGGAAAAUGUGAUUUCAUUCAGUGGCUGUUUUGUACAGUUCUUUUUCUUUGGCUACCUAAUGGCAACAGAAUGCUAUCUUCUCUCAGUAAUGUCAUAUGAUAGAUAUUUAGCAAUAUGCAAACCACUGCAUUACACAACAACUAUGAAUACGCAAAUGUGCAUCCAGCUAGCAGUUUCUUCAUGGAUAAAUGGACUUAUAGCUACUUUAAUACUUUUGAGUUUUAUGCUAGAGUUAACAUACUGUGGACCCAAUGAAAUUGAUCAUUAUUUCUGUGAUUCUGUCCCACUUAUAAAACUUUCAUGUAGUGACACCAACCUGGUGGAAGUUGUGAGUUUUGUCCUGGCAUUCAUAUUUACCCUACCACCUUUUCUCCUCACCUUGACAUCCUACAUAUUCAUCAUAACUACUAUCUUGAAAAUUCCUUCUACAACUGGGAGGAAAAAAGCCUUUUCCACUUGCUCCUCUCACCUUAUUGUGGUUUCUACCUUCUACGGAACCAUCAUGAUAGUGUAUAUGUUACGAAAGAGAGACACACUCCAUGAUCUCAACAAAGCCUUCUCUCUCUUGUAUACAGUCCUGCCCCCUGUUGCAAAUCCUCUUAUAUACAGCUUGAGAAAUAAGGAGGUAAAGCAUGCCAUAGGGAAAUUAUUUUGGAAAUAUUGCAUUCCCCCAAGAAGCUGGAGAGAAUUGUUACAAUGA